AAAGUGAUCACGGUUUAUGCUAAGUCGGAAUACCGAUAAUGUCGGAGAAAAAAGCACCGACUGGUGAUCACUUGAAAUCAUUUCAUGAUCGAUGUCAUGUCCAUUUCGCCUUGAAAGGUACUUACCAAGGCUGACGCUGACCUCAGGAUUAUUUGUUAUAAAAGAUUUUGAUUGUUUUUUGCAAGUUGCAGCCAAUUGGUACAAUGACCGUACAAUGAUUUGGAAACAUGUGCAUUACGGAGGGCCAUCAGGUCCAGUUGGUGUGUACCAGAGAGCUUAAUAAGGUAUAGUGCUAUCAUCAAAGGAAGCUCACGAAUCCGGUUGCAUGACAGAAAAUCCCAAUUACUUAUGCACCCAAUAUGGGGAGCUACAGAGGCGAAGACCGGACUAUUUCUUCCAUGUGCCUCAAUCACCACAAUCUGAUGGUCAUACAGGGCAUGAACGGUCAAGUCGGAGUCAGGAUGGAGCUACGGCGUUCCAGUUUCGACCCCGAAGACUCCUCCAAUCCAUUUCACAUGUGCUUGUACCCCGCAAGUUCGCUUUCGACCCUAUGAUGAUAGACAGAGGUCAUAAACGUUAUAAGGAGCGAAGUAAGUCGAUGUGGUUAACAGACUUCGAUCAAAGUCAGUCAGUAGACUCGAAUACUACCUCCAGCUUCAUUGAGAAAAAGCGUAUAUCUCAACCGGUGGUUGCUCGCCACGGCCGAUUCGUAGUGGGUCAUCCAGAAAGUUGCAAUGCUAGUAUUGUGGACGACUUGGACCAGGCUCCUGCGGAUAACGCGCCCCUUGGUAACGGUGUUGAAAACAUAUGUGUUAGCAAUUCGAGUAUCCCAGCGCACAACGGCGGCCUACUUACCACGGAGAAAGCCCCAACUAGAUUCAACACUUUUAGGCCUAAUGCAGUUAUAAUGGAGAAUGACCUACUGCGUACUCCAUCUCUUUUACCUCCAAAUAAAACAGUGCUAGUACGCAUGAAUAUUAGUGGAUCCAGUUUCCUUGUGUCCCUAUCCACACUUCAGCGGGAUCACUUUGUGUACAGUAAGCUGCUAGAGGAUGCUUUAUGGCUUCCGGAACAAAAGGAAUACUUUUUGGAACGCGAUCCUGGUGUGUUUCGUUUUGUACACAACUAUCUCAGAAGAGGAGAGGUGCAUUUACCGGCCGGAGUAUGCGGUCCGUUGUUGGAGAAGGAGCUGGAUGACUGGGGUAUACCACUUGGGUUGGACAUCCAAAGGUGUUGCCUAGGUCCCGUGAUGGACAGCAAGUCCAAAUUGCAGUCAUUGAAAAAAUUUGAGCGAAAAUUAGAACCAAAGUAUAUCAAGCCGAGAGCCUGGAUAAAGUCAGCAAAAUGGCAAUCAUUCCGAGCGAAAGUGUGGCAUAUUCUUGAGGUUGCACCAAGGUUAGGCAAUCAUGAACCGGGAAUACACUUUGAUUCGAGUGAUACCAUAACCACCGUAAAUGGACAGUUCUUCGGUGACGAAAAAGCUGAGAUUGGCGACAAACGACUUGAAACACCAGCUGAGCCCGGUGUAGAAGGUGCGGGCGAUACCAACAGUCCUCUACCCUUCGGUUCUAUGCUAAAGGAAACAGCCACAGAGCCUCAUUCCUUCAAAGAACCACAGUAUGUCGAGUGGCUGAAACGCAUAUACGCGGUAUUUGAAACGUCAAUAGUAACAGCUGCAGUGAUUGUUUUCAUGCUAUCGAGCUGCGCAGCAUUCCGAGUGCCAAUUGAUCAGGAAGACCCAACUUACAGAGACGUCGGGAAUCAAUCGCUGUCACUCUUCCAUGUUUCGGGAAACUGGAGGAACAAUCACGGAGCAAUUAACGGAAGCAAUAAUACACAAUUCACUCUUCCAAUUAGAACACUGGUUUCAAUGGAUAUUUUCUUUUCCAUCGUCAUCACACUCGAUGUGCUGAUGCGUAUGGUCUUUUGCCCGGCAAUUCGGUCAUGGUUGUUCUCAAUGACUACCCUGAUUGACAUCCUCUCGCUGAUACCAUUCUACUGCGAGUUAAUUAUUUAUGAGAUGAUUUAUUACAAGGUGUUUUUUGACGCCGGAGAGUGGUUAAGUAUACUCAUGGAAGUGGAGAACUACGUUGUGGUACUCAAAGUGUUUAUUGUACUCCGUCUAUUCCGCGUCUUACGCAGACAUCGUGGAACACACGUGCUUCUCUACACGAUUCGCACUACCUUCCUGGACUUGGCCAUUAUCAUCAUACUGAUAUUGGAAUCCGCCUUGUUCUUCGGUGCGGCCAUCUAUUUCACCGACGAAAACUUCCAAGAUAUACCUACUGGAUUUUGGUGGGCAGUGAUCACCAUGACAACAGUCGGGUACGGCGAUUUGGUGCCAUCGCACACAUUCGGUUAUAUGGUCGCGAUGGUCUGUGUCCUAACAGGUACGUUGCUCAUGUCGUAUACCAUCCCGAUUCUGGUGAAUCAUUUUCUACUGUAUUACGAGCAUGCGGAUCAAUUGCACAUGAUGAAACAGGUGCACCGUUCGGCCAAACGUAAGGCCAGAAAGUGGACGAUGGCGAAAUACGCUCAGAGGGCAUUUACCAGUGCAAGAGUAUUAGUCAACGCCACAUUGACCAGAUCGAUGGCCAAGUCGAACCACACUAACCCAGAUCGUUCGUGCAUGAUAGCGGGAAAAGCCGAAAAGGAAGACCUAAAGGAAAAGAGGCCAGAGGAGCAGAAACAAUCAGGAGCAAAAAACGCUGAAAAUCUGGACACAUAAAUCAGUGGAAUAUAUUAUUUGCGCUUAUCGAUGAAACACAUUGUAUGUGCGAACAUACAUCAAGGUCAGAUCAUAUAUCUAUAGUCAAGUUAACACAAGCGACUUUAAGGCAAAGUUGAUGUGCUUGUCAUCAAGUCAAAUGAAAAACAUUUGGUCAAACGAAACGGGAAGUUGCUACCAAUAAAUUUGCACAGAUUCCAACUUAAGAAACGCUACGCUGAAUCUGAGCUAGAGAAUAUUCUAAAAGAUUAUUACGAAUUUUUAAUAAAGUUCAUAAACUUU